ACUCAAGCUAAUCGAUCAGCAUUUUUCUGGUCUUGAAUAUAAAAAGUUUCAAUUAGCCUCAGGGGAAGGUGGAAAUUCACCAAACUUUUUCCUGUUUCAAUUCAGCCAAUUUCUUAAGUUGAUUGAAAAGUGAGUCGAUAGAGUUACGAUUUCGACUCAGUCGAUGAGUCGACUUGAAGCCGAGUGAGUUGAAAAUACUUGUGAGUCAGUUGGUUCGGUAUCUAAUUAUUUUCCCAUCGUAAUUGUUUAAGUUUAAUUGUUACGACGAUUUGAUUCUAAUUGGGUCAACAUGCAUCCCGAUAGUGGUAAUUACUCGGUUAUCAGGUUAAUUUUUUCUCUGUUUUUUGGUCUUUUUGUUAUUUGUUUUCUUCGAGCUAUUAUCCUUUACCCUGAGCCCAAAAGUCCGGAGCCAUGUGAAGACAAUUUAAAUCAUAAAUCGAUAACAAUUAACGAUGGAAUCAUUGAAAGAUUUACUCAAGCUCUCAAAAUUAAAACAAUUUCCCGGUCAGCUCACAAUUACGACACCGAUGAGUUGAUAAGAUUCAAAGAUUUUCUUAAACAAUCUUUUCCAACUAUUCACUCGUCACCAUUGGUUAAAUUAGAGAUAAUUGGUAAUUACAGUCUUCUUUAUGAAAUUAAAGGAAGUGAUUCAACACUUAAACCAUACAUGUUAUGUGCUCACAUGGAUGUUGUUCCGGUUGAGGAAUCGAAAUGGUCAGUUGAUCCAUUCGGUGGUACCAUUAAAGAUGGUUACAUUUACGGUCGAGGAGCAGUUGAUGUUAAAGACGCACUUAUGGGAAUCGUAGAGGCUGUUGAAUUUGAACUUUCUCGAGGUUUCAAGCCUAAGAGAACGAUACUUUUAGCCUUUGGUCACGAUGAAGAGGUCAUGGGUCUCGACGGUGCCGUUGCUAUUAAUAAACAUCUAAUGGCCAAAGGUGUUCAACUUGAGUUCUUACUGGAUGAAGGUACUUUUAUCUUAAAAAACGCAAUCGCUGGUGUACCUAAGGAAAAAGUUGCCAUUAUUGGUGUCGCUGAGAAAGGCUAUGUCACCGUUGAAUUGAAGGUCGUUAGUAGUCCUGGUCAUGCAUCUGCUCCCCCCUACGAAUCGUCUAUUGUAAUUCUGUCCAAAGCUCUUUCAAAAUUUAACUCCAGAGCACAUAAAAGCAUGUUCGGUUAUGGAAUCGAGAAAAAUUUCUUUGAAUCAUUAGCACCUUAUGCUUCGCUUCCAUAUAAAGUGAUCUUUGGUAAUCUUUGGUUAUUUGGAUCAUUAGUUUCCUACAUGAUGAGUUCGUCGCCUUUAAGUAAUGCUUUGGUUCGGACAACGAGUGCAGUUACUGUGGUUCGAGGUGGAGUAAAAGAUAACAUUAUUGCAAGUGAAGCAUCAGCCUUGAUUAAUCACCGUAUUCAUCCAUCACAAACCAUUGAGGAAGUAAUUAAAUACGACGAGCAAUUGAUUAACGAUGAACGAGUUCAAGUUCAGGUCACUUUUGGAGCGGAACCAACACCUCCCAGUCCCCAUGGUGACACUGUUUUCGGAUAUUCAUCAAUUAAACAAAGUAUCUUACAAGUUUUCCCCGAUGCAGUUGCCGUUCCUGGCCUAAUGACCGCAGGCACUGAUGCCAGAUAUUAUCCUGGAUUAACACCAAACAUUUAUCGUUUCUCACCUUUAUUUAUACCAAGUGAAGAGAUUCAUCUUUUCCAUGGUAACGAUGAACGGAUCUCAGUUGAAAAUUACGUUAAAGCAGUAAACUUUUACCAUCAUUUGAUUUUGGCCGCUGAUCGAUCGCACCUUCCAAAACCUAAAGUCAGCGACGAGUUAUAAAAUAAUUAAAAGGAAAUUGUAUAGAAAACUCGAUAUUCCAACUUGUCAGUCAGAAGAAACAAUUGAUUAUCGAUUCUUUGUUUAUAAUCAAAUAUCCAGAUAAAGUCAGAGCAACAAAUACUUAUCAAAAACAAAAACAAUCUAUCCAAGUUUAAUUGAACUUUCUUCAUUUAUAUCCACCCAAAUCAAUAACCAAAUCAUUUUGAACAUUCUUGUAUCCAUAAAGUUUCAAUUAAAUCAACUUUUUAUAAAAAAAA